AUGACUGACUACAAGUUCUGCUCCGGCGCUUAUGAAAAACUAGCCGAUGUCACGUGUAUAUCCCGAUACAAUUUUAAUUUUAUGUAUUUUUGGUGUCUAAUGUAUUACGUGUCAGAUAUAAUGUAUACGGCUACUUACUCGCUAAUGAGUAAUUUUGAGGAACCGAAGGAAACUGUUGAAUACUUCAAAGAUUUUGUCUUGACAAACAUAACUAUUGUUUUAUCUUCUAUUCUCUGUCUGAGCCCAAUUUAUAUGGCAGACAAGUUGUCUUCUCAGGUGCAAGAGUUGAGAAUGUUGCUAUAUGAUAAGCUUUUAUACAAAAAAGGUAACACUGACGACUUGAUAAAGUUCAUCGAUUUUAUUGAAGCACAACCUUUUCGAUUCACUAUUGCGAAAAUAUUGCCUUUGGAUUGGUCGUUACUCAUAGUGCAGUUGCUAGCUGAUGUUCCUAGGCUUUUGAUGACCAUCUCGUUCAGUCUCUUCUUUGUAAAAAAGGAGUUAUCUUUAGUGAUGCUUGACAAAGAGAGAAAUGAGAACAUCUUACGACUUGUGCGUUUUAUGGAAGCCCAACCGCUUAAAAGGAAGAUAUGGGGAGUUGUGCCGUACGACCUUCGGCUGCCGGUGACGCUUGUUAGCCUGUGCACCACUUACAUCAUCGUCAUCAUCCAAAUGUCGCACAUGUACGAUAAUUAA